GCGAACAAAGGCUCUACAGAUUGUCAUGGUAUCCUAUGGUCAACAGAGCGGCCCAGACAAACAAUGUGUGCAUGAGUGUGUCUGCCAAGUGAACAACGUUAGUUGCGCUAAACUAAGACUUUAAGCUGUACACCUGGACUAGCUAAACGCAAUAUACUAAGCUGGCUUGAAUAGCAAUGUGGUUGCAAAUAGCAUUCGCAUUAAUUUCAAAUGGACAAGUUCGGAGCGGUCAAGACGCCAAAAACACAAUUCUUCUGUUAACCACAUUGAGUUACUGACUUUGUACGUGGCAUGGUGGCAUGGUAAGAGGCUGCACAGCUUGCCACAAUAAUAAUAACGGCACAAUUCCCAUCCCUUGCCACUGCCGCGAACGUUACUUACCCAAGCGAUAGAGACAACAACAACAGCGAGCCAUGGCUAGAAGGAAGCGCACGAGAAGGAAAAUGGCAACGAAUCGUAAACGGAAGAAGACAGUUGGCACGUCAGCGUCAGCAUCAGCAUCAGGCCUCAAAUCAGCAGUCAAGUGGCAGAUUAUGAUAUCAUCAAUAAUGUUGCUGCUGCUCAGCUGCUGCACAAGUCACGUGCUGGCGGUUCGAAGGGGUCGACUGAUGUCCCCGAGCACAUUCACUGCACUCAGCGGCGACCUGCAUGUGCAGAUACAAUUCAGCGGUGGCGACGACGACGAGCCGGCCUCAAAUGUCACACAGACAGCACAAAAUCACAAUCUUACCGCCCACUUGAGCGCUGGCACGCCCCCAGCUACACCAGCCGCAACGGCAAAUGGUUUGGUGAACACCAUAAUGAGCACUUUAGUCAUUAGCAAAAUCAUUAAUGAGAGCGAGCUGUUGCCACCAACCAGCAACAACAACAUUAGCAACAACAACAACAACAACAGCAGCAGUCAGGUGCUGUUGCAGCGCCGACGCAAGGAGAUUGUGCAGAACAUACCUGUGUUUCCGGAUCCGCGCCUGAACGUCACGCAGAUCACUGUGCCCUGCCAGACUUUUGUGCUGGGCGGUCUCUACGAGAUGCAGCUGGUGCGCAACCUAAAGACCACCACGCUUAAUCGCAGCGAGCCCUCAACGACCACUACACUGAUGCCAGCGCUGGAUGAGCGACUGCUGCAGACGCUGGAUGUGCGAUGGCCCAGCGCCGAGAUGUUGGUUAGUCCUGUCACACUACGCACAUAUCCGCGCGAACCGGUGAAGGUGACGCUGCGCUUUCCGGAAGUCAAUUGUGAGCGUGCACAGCAUGGCGCAGCGCCUGUAGAGUUGCCCGACUUUUGGCUGGAGUUGGUCUACUGCGGCAAGGAGCGCAGUUGUGCGCACAGCCUGAGCAAUGUGUCUAGGUCGAGCGUGCUGUUUGCCGAGCAAGUUCAUGGCUAUCCCAAGCACAAGACUGUGCUGCUGGGCUGCGAGUUGUUUGGUCUGGCGGGCAAUUAUGCCGUGCAGCUGCGCCCCAUGGCCACCAGCCUGAAUGUGCCCAGCACGCGACGUCUGCUCAGCGUGGACUGGAGCGAUGAGUUUGUGUUCAAUGUCUAUGCGCGCAGCAUUUUUCCCUGCGAUCCACACACUGGUGUGGGCGUGCUCUACGAGUAUCCUGGCUGCAUCUUGGAGCAAGGCGAUCGCGUGCGUCUCUAUGCCAAGCUGCGUGCAGAUGUCGCCUCACUUAAGCCGCCCACCUCGCUGCACUAUGUCGCCGAGCAGCGUGUCGUCAAGAGCCAGCAUUCACUGUACUUCAACUGCGACCUGUUCUCUGAGAAGUACGUAGAGUAUUGCUUCGUCUACGUUAGCCAGGCCAUUUCCGGCGCUGUGGCGGAUGUGCGUAUGGACUGUGUGCCCACGCUGCCAGUGAGUGAUGCCGACACUGGCGGCUGGGGUGCCUGGAGCGAGUGGACGCCCUGUUCAACAAAUUGCCUUGGUGGCACACGCAAUCGUUAUCGCUUCUGUGACUCUCCGCCCCCGCGUUAUGGUGCCAAGUUCUGUGAGGGUCCUUCGGUGCAGACGGAGAAAUGCAACAAAAGCAUUACAGACACCUGGGACUGCAUUUAUGAAACGAGUGGCAACGCUCUAUCCAAAUCUAAUGUGACUGAGGUUACACAGGAAAUUGGACCAGGCUGCCGUUGCGGCUGCAUCGUUCAUGUGGGCGUCUCCAAGCCUAAGCGCAUCAUUGCAGGUGCCACACAAAGCUGCCCAGGACGCUCCUUUUGGCUUGUACAGAUUGAUGGCGAGGAAACUAUAUCGCUGCAGCUGAGUUUUCUGCGUCUGCCUUGCUCUUUACAGUACAUCAAGGUGCGUGAUGGCGCCUCGCUUUCCUCCACGCUAUUGGUGGAGCUAACUGGUGAUGGCCAAAGACGCAGCGGUGCCGAGGAUGCCAUGCACAUGGGCUUGCCGAUUACUGUUGACUCCAGUGGCGCACAGCUUUUGGUGGAGUUUUACUCAGGCGACGGCAACUCAACAGCUGGCUUUGAUGCGGCUGCCUGUACUGGCGGAUUCAUGGCCAAUGGUAGGCAAUUUGCCGCCAGAAAUGUGAGCAGCCCAAACACUGUGCUCGCAUCCACGCGUCUCUCUGUCAAGAGUCGCAGCAGCAGUUCACAGAAGAAGCCGCUGAGUCGCAUGCGCUUUACAUUGGUGCAUCUCAGUGCCAUGGUCUUUGCCACCAUUAUCAUACUGAUAAGCGCUCUCUUGGGUGCGCAGUAUGUGGUGCGUUAUCGCAAAUAUCAUUUGGCUGUGGCGCGCCAGCAGGACGAAGGCUCGCAUCUGCAUACGCCGCGGGAAUCGUUGAGUUCAUUGCAUGAUCCACCCUCGCGUGCCAUCUCCACCACCACACUGCUCUCCGAGGUGAUUUAUCUAGUCAAAAUGCGACCCAAGCAUAAACUGCGGCACUCCAUUUUACGUGAGAGCGCCGAUGUGGAGCAUGUGGCGCAGGAGACGCAGUUUGAGCAUGAGCCUUUGGCUAAAGGUGAGGCAGAACCUAAUCGCAACAGCACUGGCUCCAUGCUGACGCUACGCAAUGAACACGCUUCGAUGAAUUCACUUUCUCCUGGCGCAGAGAGUCUCAGUCCAGUGGGUUCGCCUUCAUCCGGCGAGGCAGAGCUGCAGCGCAUAGGUGAUGAGCAGACAACUGUCAGCAAGCUUGAGCCUGGCGAGCCACACAGCAGCAAGGAUAGCGCUAGGGAUACCGAGUCAAUCAUAUCAUCUGGCAUGAGUUCGUUGUGCAAUAGUCCACCGCUGAAUAGCAAACGUAUGAGCAAGUACUCGGAUCGUUAUGAUGCAGUUACGCUCAAGUUGCUCAGCUCACGACUGGACGAGAGCUUGCGUGAUGCCAGCUCACUGGGCUCCGGCUCGCUCUGCCUGGAACGCCUGCAAUCACGUAGUGUAAGCGCUUCUCUAACCAAUGGGUGUUACUCGCCUGCAGCAAGUGUGGUGAGCACUGCCACCAUACGCACUACCAGCAAUGCCAAGGAGUCAAAGGAUCAACAGAACCGCAAGAAGCUGUUGACACGACCCGGUUCUGAGUUUUCGCUGGGCAAUCAGGAAGAGUUAGAGCUGGACUACUAUGAUUAUAAUGUAACCAAUGCAGGCGCGGCACCAGGCUCCUAUUUGGGCAUGGAUCCGGCCUAUUGCAUUUGGAUACCGCCAUUUGAAGAAACUGCCGAGCGGGAUGAGGACAAACAACCUGAGCCCACGCCACACCCACGGCCUGUGCCAGAUGAACGCCAACCGCUGUACGAGGAAAUUGAAAUGUCCACUUAUGGGCACUACUUGUGCGCCAACAGCAAAACAAACACUGCCGACAACACGCCCAGCUCCGAGGAGAGUUCACUACCACAAUCCAAGCCAACCUCGCCCAGCGAUACAAUUCAGAAGUGCCACAAAGCUGGCAGUAAACAACCCACGCCCUACAUGUCACGCAAGCAGCGUCGCCAGGCCAGGCAGCAGUUUAAGUCCAUGCAAUCCUUGAAUACCAAUGACUCUGCUGCAGGCAGUGGCACUUUACGUGCCAAGCACGCUGUGGAAAUUGCUGCAGUGCAUCAGGCUGUGAGCGCGGCAAAGCUAACUGACGAUAUGGACUCGAGUCAGUCCAUGAGUGGCUCGUAUGUGGAGAAGGAAACUCUCGUAGAGAAGGGCUCGAGUGAUCUGCAAGAGUUUCUGGCGCUCGACGAUAUACAAUUUGCAGAUGAGAGUGGCAGUGAUUACGAGGCAGCUACACUUAAGCAACAGGAUGCCAGUCGUAGUCUGUUGAAUGAUAGCAAUAAGCUGAGUCUGCAAACCAGAUCCAGAGAGGCAGCUGUAUAGAUAGUUGUAUAUAUAACAAACAAACAUAUUUACGUUAAUCCACAUUUGUAAGUAUAUUUUACGGGUAGAUGAUGCAUAUAUCAGGGCAGUGAUGAGCAAAAAUUAGUCAUAAUCUUAGUCUAAGAUGCUUUGAUUAAACAAGCUCUUAUUUGAGAACAAAAUUAUCUAUUUAAAAGUGUAUAUAUAUUUUAAAUCGCGCUAUGUCGACAACGAACAUGCAGUAAUUAUAUUGUAUGCCCGUUGAUUAAAUUCGGCACGGCUCAUCAGUUUAGUAUAUAAUCAAUUUAAUUGCCAUUUUAGUUUUAUAUUAAGUACAUUUUAGGCAUAUUUUAAGUUAGACACUUUUUCA